UACCUACACGCGCGAGAAUCGAAAACCCUUAGCUCUAUUCUCCGGAAGGGUCUGUUUUUGUUUUCGCUCCUUCCAAUCUCCAGCGUCUCCUUCUUCGCGGCCCUUCCAAGAUGAGUACUAUGAAGUUUUGCCGCGAAUGCAACAACAUUCUGUAUCCUAAAGAGGACAAGGAGCAGAAGAUUCUUCUCUAUGCUUGCCGUAACUGUGAUCACCAGGAGGCUGCAGAUAAUAACUGUGUCUAUAGAAAUGAGAUACAUCAUUCUGUUGGGGAGCGCACUCAAGUGCUGCAGGAUGUAGCUGCAGAUCCUACUCUUCCACGUACAAAGUCUGUUCGUUGUACUCAAUGCAACCAUGGAGAAGCUGUUUUUUUCCAGGCGACGGCCAGAGGGGAAGAAGGUAUGACACUGUUUUUUGUUUGCUGCAACCCAAACUGUGGCCACCGGUGGAGAGACUGAAAAUUUUACUCUCUCAAAUCGAGGUUGGAGAUCUAACAUAUCACUCUUUUUUGUUAUUAUGUAAAACUUGGUUGAUGAGAGGAAAUUCAUUCUCAAGUAUUGGGGGUUUUUAACUGCACUUCCCAGAACAAAUUGUUCAGCCUUAUGAUACUUUAUCAACAAAUAUUGAAAACCUUCUAUAUGUGAAUAAUUUUAUCGUAAAUGCUAACUGAAUCAAAA